AUGAAACUCAUUGGAAUGGAAACUAAUAUAUAUGAAGCAGAACAGAGCUCACCUUAUCUUACAUCUGCAAAGUGCCUGGGGACUCAGGAGGAAGCAAAACAUGAAGAAUAUCAAAGAAAGACAGAAAACCAGGCAAGUUUAUCUGAAUUUCAGAAUGUUUUACUGGAACCCAAAUUGAGUUUGCUGUCCACAACAUCCUUAUUAGACCACAAUGAGACAUCCUUGCAACUUGACACAGCUGCAGGGUGUGUCAAUGCCACUGAUCAGUUUGAGACAAAGCACCUUUGUGAAGAAUUAUUCUGUUCUGCAAGGCACAAGCCAAAGGAAAAUCCUUUAAACCUUCAUUUCCACAGAGAAUGGCCAGUCCUCACAGGAAAAAAUUCAGACAAGGAACCAGAAAGGAGCCAUGAAAUCAAAGUCAUAAGACACAAACCAAGUGCUAUCACAUUUUCUGAUUUUGAGUUUUUACCACAUGAAGCUAAUACUAAACUCCAUAUUUGUGAGGCAGGAGAAGCAGAAGAGUUUUCAUCUGAAGAGGAAGAAGCAGGUUGUAGAGGUGAUGAUGAUGUGUUUACAGAACUGCCACUGUAUGAGGCGUUUCUCAGUGGUCUUCAUAGAAGGAAUGUUUCUCAAAGCAAGCAAGCUAAACAUGAACUUACUAAAUGCCAACGUAUCUGUCAGUUGGAAGACUGUGACAAUCAUUCUGACAAGGAAUUGAAGGGCCAUGGCAAGGAAGAAAAACACUUGGAGCCAGAGACUCAACCUGAAAAAGGAUCUGAAUGGUCAGACUCUAUGUUAUGUCUAAUGAAGAAACUGGAACAGUUGAACUUAGAUAUUGAAGAAGCUCUGAGUGCUGCCUCUUCUCCCUCUAGUACUCCUUCUACCAAAAGGCACAAGCAAAUGUUCCCUGUUCAAGUGGAGACAGGCUUUUAUGGAGAUCAUCAAGAAAAGGGAUCUUGGAAAAAUAGAAGAGCAGACUAUCAGGAUCUAUACUGUUUGCCUUACCCAGUGUCAGCUGGAGCACGACCUAAAACUGAUGUGCCAUUUCAGAAGCUGUGUAAGGAAAAAGCAGAAAUUGAAGCAAAGGAAGCGUGUGACUGGUUACGUGCAGCUGGAUUUCCCCAAUAUGCUCAAUUCUAUGAAAACUCCCAGUUUCCCAUUGACAUUGCUGCAGUGAAGAAAGAUCAUGAUUUUCUUGAUAAGGACCUUGUAGAACCUCUUUGCAGACGACUGAACACACUGAACAAGUGCGCCUCAAUGAAACUCGAUGUGAACUUCCAAAGAAAAAAGAGUGAAGAUUCAGAUGAAGAAGACCUUUGUGCUAUCAGUAAUAAAUGGACUUUCCAAAGAACCAGCAGACGAUGGUCUCGGGUGGACGAUAUUGAUGCUUUGCUUCACCCAUCAGACAGACAUGGAUCUUCUGGAGACAUUAAAAUGAAAAAUACAACAAGCAGUGAGAGUGUCCUUACAGAUCUGAGUGAACCUGAAGUCUCAUCUCUUCACAGUGAGAGCAGUGGGGGAAGUGACAACAGGAGUCAGUCAGGCAUCAGCAGCGCUGUCAGGGAGACCUGCGACUGCUCUGGCCAACAUGAUGUAGAAAGCACUCUGCUGCAAGACUCUGCUGCCAUAAACACUGCCCCGUCACCCAAGGACAACCUGAAGAAUGAGAAACCAACACGAACCAAAGCAAAAACCUUUCUAAAACGAAUGGAGACAUUAAAAGCAAAAGGUGUGCACGGAAAACUUAAAGGCUCGGGAAGAACAAGUCCUUUAGAGAUAAGUGGACCUGUUCUCCAGUAUGAGCCGAAGUCCUUGAAAGACAUGCAUUGUAUACAGAUAGUCAAUGGUGAUCUCCAAAACUUAGGACAAGAGUCGGUCAAAAGAGGACUUUCCUUUUCUGUCAAAUCCAGCAGUGAGAGCAGUCAGUCCGAAAACAGCAGCAGUGGGGUGAGCACACCGUGUUUGAAGGAACGGAAAUGCCAUGAAGCAAACAAGAGAGGUGGGAUGUACCUAGAGGACCUAGACAUUCUGGCAGGAAUGGCCUUACGGCAAGUAGUGGACCAAAACCGCAAAAAUGAGUUCCAUUCCCAAGAGAACUUGGUUGUGCAUAUCCCCAAGGAUCACAAACCAGGGACCUUCCCAAAGGCACUUUCUAUUGAAAGCCUCUCGCCUACAGAGAACAGCAGUGUAAACUGGAGGACAGGCAGCAUCUCUUUGGGAAAGCAGAACUGUUCUACUCCAAAAGAGUCUGGAUUAAUGGCAAGCUGUCCUAAGGAGAGCAGAAUUAGUAUUUAUGACAAUGUGCCAGGUUCCCACUUGUACGCUAGUACUGGGGACCUCCUGGACUUGGAGAAAGAUGUCCUUUUUCCUCAUUUAGAUGACAUUUUGCAACAUGUUAAUGGACUCCAGGAGGUGGUAGAUGGCUGGUCAAAGAAUGUGUUGCCAGGUCUGCCAGUUGAUGAUGUGUCAGUCAGAGAAUCUCCGUCACUGCCUUUCCAGUCACCAACACAGAUCACACUUGAUUUUGAAGGAAACUCUCUCUCUGAUGGCCGAACCACACCAAGUGACAUGGACAGAGAUGGAACAUCCCUGAUUGAAUCUGAAGCCACUGGUGUUAGAGACAGGAGAGACUCUGGGGUGGGAGCAUCACUCACAAGGCCAAGCAGGCGAUUGCGAUGGCAUAGUUUCCAAAUCUCUCAUCGCCUGAGCCACUCCGUUGCAUCACUUCACAUCAGCAAUCAGUCAGCAGCUCAGCUGAAUCUACUGCAAAAAUUCUCUCUGCUUCGUCUUACUGCCAUCAUGGAAAAGUACUCCAUGUCAAACAAACAUGGCUGGACCUGGUCUGUGCCAAAGUUCAUGAAGAGGAUGAAAGUUCCUGACUACAAGGACAAGAAUGUCUUUGGUGUGCCUCUGAUAGUUCAUGUCCAAAGAACAGGACAGCCUCUUCCCCAGAGCAUACAACAAGCACUACGCUACUUACGGAGCAACUGCCUAGAUCAGGUGGGUCUGUUCCGAAAAUCUGGAGUGAAGUCCCGAAUCCAGGCCUUACGUCAGAUGAAUGAGAGCUCCCCAGAAAAUGUCAGCUAUGAAGAUCAGUCAGCAUAUGAUGUGGCAGACAUGGUAAAGCAAUUUUUCAGGGACUUGCCAGAACCUCUCCUCACAAGUAAGCUAGGAGAGACUUUUCUGCACAUCUACCAGUAUGUCCCCAAGGAGCAGCGGCUGCAGGCAGUGCAGGCAGCCAUCAUGCUGAUGUCAGAUGAGAACCGGGAGGUUUUGCAGACUCUGCUGUGCUUCCUGAGUGAUGUCACCUCUGUGGAGGAAAAUCAGAUGACUCCUAUGAACAUAGCUGUGUGUCUGGCCCCCUCUCUCUUCCAUCUCAAUAUAGUGAAGAAAGAAAGCUCACCAAGAGUAAUACAGAAAAAAUAUGCAACAGGGAAGCCAGAUCAGAAGGACCUCAGUGAAAACCUGGCAGCUACUCAGGGACUUGCUCACAUGAUAAUGGAAUGCAGCAAACUUUUUGAGGUCCCACAUGAGAUGGUCACCCAGUCACGAAACUCCUAUGUUGAUGCAGAAGUACAUUCUCCCACCCUGGAUGAGCUUGGGAAACAAAUGGAUGAGGAAGGAGGGAACUAUCAGAUGUACUUGGAGAGUCUCAUGCAAAAUCUCCAAAAGGAAGCAAAGGAGAAGUUCAAAGGAUGGGUCACAUGUUCCAGUAUGGAGAACACGGAACUUGCCUACAAAAAGGUUGGGGAUGGGAACCCGCUAAGGCUUUGGAAAGCCUCGGUGGAAGUUGAAGCCCCACCAUCAGUUGUCCUGAACCGAGUGCUGAGAGAACGUCACCUCUGGGACGAAGACUUUUUGCAGUGGAAGGUGGUCGAGAGCCUGGACAAGCAGACAGAAGUUUACCAGUAUGUUUUGAACAGCAUGGCUCCCCAUCCCGUCCGAGACUUUGUUGUUCUAAGGACCUGGAGGACAGAUUUGCCAAAGGGGAUGUGCAUGCUGGUUGCCACUUCUGUGGAGCAUGAAGAGGCUUCUCUUAUGGGAGCUGUGCGAGCCAUUGUGAUGGACUCUCAGUACUUGAUAGAGCCGUGUGGCUCAGGAAAAGCCAGGCUGACCCACAUCUGCAGAAUUGACCUCAAAGGACAUUCCCCAGAGUGGUACAACAAAGGCUUUGGACAUCUGUGUGCAGCAGAAGUUGCCAGGAUCAGAAACUCAUUUCAGCCUCUGAUCGCUGAGGGACCAGAAACAAAAAUCUGAGAAGUGUUCAUGGGAGCAUGUGAGCAUAAAUCAGGGUCUGGCCUGGAACAGGAAUGCUCAAAGCAAAGAUCUUAUUUAAGCUGCAGAAAUCUAACCAGACCUGAGUCUGUACAAAGCUGAAACAGGAAUUUCAUAGGAAAGUUCCUUUAUUCUGGAGACUUUACCUUCUCCCACCACAUCCAUUCUGUACUAAUUUCAGUUAUUGAAGUAAACAUUUCU